AUGGCUCACCGACUGCACCAAAUCUCCAAACAGUUGAACAGCGAUGCUGAGCCACGCGACCCGUCCAGGAUCGAUGGCCAAGUCGCCCUGAUUACAGGCGGAGCACAAGGAAUCGGACGGGCAGCAGCAACCCUUCUCGCAUCGAAAGGAGCCAAGAUAGUUCUAGCAGAUGUAGACGAGGUAAAAGCCAAUCAAGCCGUGGAUGAACUCCGACUCGCCGGGUACGAGGCUAUCUGUGUAGUUGGAGACGCCGUCGACGAAGCGUUCCCGGCAAUAGCAGUCGGCGCAGCAUUGAACGCCUUUGGAAAGGUCAACUGUCUUAUCAACAAUGCUGGCUUCUGCUACGACAGCGCCAUCCACAAGAUGAGCGAUGAAAAGUGGGACAUCAUCAUGAAAAUCCACAAUUACGUCCCCUUCCGGAUGAUCCGCGCGUUGUCGGCACAUUGGAUGGAUCCUCGGAAUGAGGACAUGCCCAAGAGUGUCAUCAAUGUGUCCUCGACGUCCGGGCUGCACGGUCAAAUGGGGCAGAUCAACUACGCGACAGCCAAGUCGGGGGUUGUGGGACUGACCAAGACUGUCGCAGCAGAGUGGGCUAGAUAUAAUGUUCGCUGUAACGCUGUUGCAUACGGGUGGAUGGAUACGCGAUUGACGAAACCGCCCACGGAGGACGAAAAGGUUCUUAUUGCCGGGCAGAAUAUCGUUACUGGGAUCCCUGCGAAUGCGCGCAAGUUCAGGGAUACAUCGGAUAUACCGCUCGGACGGCCUGGGACUGUGGACGACGCGGCCAAUGUGAUGCUGUUUUUGGCUUGUCCGAUGUCGUCGUAUGUCACGGCGACUUGUAUUGAGUGUACUGGGGGGAGGUAUAUGUGA